ACAAACUGGCCUUGUGCAAUCUCCUUCGGGUGGGGAGGGGCACUAAAACGUCCCAAGCUCUGCUUGAUUCAGCUUUUGUUUGGGAAACGAGACUUUGGAGAAGUGAUGCUUCCCUGGGGGAAAACAAGGAACACUGAGUGAUCCAAAGAAAAACAACUGCUUAGCCGCAGUGAAGCUGAGACAAGAGGAUUGCUUCGAAUUCAGGGCUAGUCUCUGGGCUACAUAGAAAGACAGUGUCUCAGCACCCGCCCACCAAGGAAGAGAGACAGAAGGGAACAACACUGGAGGGGAGAGAAACAGGAGAAGGGAUGGGGGGAGGGACGAUACUGUAACCCAGGAUGGCUUCUUAGUGCACUUAGCUUGAGGCCGCCCUCGGGGCCCCGGUUCCCGGCGGGGCUGCGGGAGGAGGGAGCCGGAGGGGAGUGGCCUGGUCGCCCGGCGGAGGUUCCGGGAAGGGCGCCGACGGCAGCGGGGCUGCCGCACGGGGCCAUGGCCUGGGCGCCGAGCGUGGCGGGCUGGCUGGGCGGCUUCCUCCUGGUGCCAGCUCUAGGACUGAUUCCACCUCCUAAGAAUGUCAGGAUGAAUUCAGUUAAUUUCAAGAACGUCCUACAGUGGGAGGUACCUGCUUUCCCCAAAAAGAACCUGACUUUCACAGCUCAAUAUGAAAGUUACCGGUAUUUCCAAGAUCGCUGCAAGAACACUGCCUCUACUCAGUGCGACUUCUCACUUCUUUCUAAAUAUGGAGACCACACGGUGAGGGUCAGGGCUGAGUUUGCAGACGAACAUUCGGAGUGGGUAAACAUCACCUUCUGCCCCGUGGAUGACACCAUUAUUGGACCUCCUGAGAUACAGAUAGAAUCCCUUGCUGAUUCUUUGCACAUGCGUUUCUCAGCCCCACAAAUUGAGAAUGAGCCUGAGACAUGGACCAUGAAGAACAUUUAUAACUCAUGGGCUUACAGGAUACAAUACUGGAAAAAUGGAACUAAUGAGAAGUUUCAAGUCAAGUCUCAGUAUGACUCAGAGGUGCUCAGAGACCUGGAGCCGUGGACAACUUACUGCAUUCGAGUUCAAGGGUUUCUUCCCAAUCAUAACAGAACAGGAGAGUGGAGCGAACCUGUCUGUGAACGGACAACCAGUGAUGCAGAAACAACCCGUUCCUGGAUUGUGGCCGUCAUCCUCAUAGCCUCCGUCUUGGUGGUCUUCCUCUUUCUCCUGGGCUGCUUUGCUGUGCUGUGGUUCAUUUAUAAGAAGACCAAGCACACCUUCCAUUCUGGGACAUCUCUUCCACAGCACCUGAAGGAGUUUCUUGGCCACCCCCACCACAGCACUUUUCUGCUGUUCUCCUUCCCCCUCCCCGAGGAGACCGAAGUCUUGGACCAGCUAAGCAUCGUCACCGAACAGUCUAAAGGCGGCAAGCAGAGUCCUGGAGACAGCUGUGCCUCAGAACCUCCAUCUGAGCCAGGGCCUCAGGAUCUGGAGUCCAAGGAUGAAAACCCCUCACUUCCACAGGAUGACCCGGUACUGCUCACAUCUACCUCAGAAGUGUGACCAGAGGGCCACUUGAGAAAACUCCAGAUCUAGGACAUUCUGAUGCUGGGCUGGUACACACAACCAAAGAGCCAGGUUUUAAAGACUCCAUUUGGGAAUUUGCUGCUUUAUAAAUAUUAACAAUUUAGGGCCUAUGGAUGCAGUUCAGUGAAUAAAGCUCUUACUAAGUA